GCAUUGUCGUUAAGUUUAUGUGAUGGGAGGAAGUUGACAGCUUCCGGUAACGUGAUGCGGUGGCAGAGCUCUUUUCCUGUGACGUCAUCAACAUGGCUACCCCCAUGUGAGAGUCUCAUGCAGUGCAAGGUGUAAACUAGAAGAGGACCAAACAUAACAUGGAAGAUUUGGGGGAUCAGAAAGGCUGCUCUGAUCAGGCUAAGAUAAAUGACACCAAACUUGGGAAUGCGGAAGACCACAAAACAUCAGAUCCCAGUAAACCAGAUACAGAUGAAACAAAAGCACACGGUGAGGCUGUUCAGCUACAGGAAGAUGCUGCAAAAAUUGGAGAUGACAUAGUCCACAUGGAGGAGGAUGAUGAUAAUGAUGCAGCAGAAGCAAGUGAACCUACAGCCAAGAUGUGUGAUGAUCCAGAGGAAACCAGUGGUGAUGGAAUGUAUAGAUAUAUUAAAGAUGAUCUUUUCACAUCAGAGAUUUAUAAAGUAGAGAUCCAAAACCUGCCAAAGUACAUUGGUUUCAAUGACGUUAAGAAAUUCCUUGCUAAAUAUGGAUUAAAUCCUCAUAAAAUUAAACUCAUGCAGAGACAAACAUUUGCUUUUGUAACUUUUAAAAGUGAGGAGGAAAGAGACAAGGCUAUGAAAGUCAUACAUGGAGUGAUGUGGAAGAACCGAUUAUUGACUGUCCGGCUUGCAAAACCCAAAGCUGACCCUAUAAUGAAGAAGCGAAAACAAGAUGAUGAUGAAAAGGAGCAGUCGGGUAAUAAGAGGAAGGCUGUACAGGAGAACACACAGGAGGAGCCCCUCAGCAAGCAGAUUGCAGAUGUAGUCACUCCUCUGUGGCAGGUUCCAUAUGAAGAACAACUGAAAAUGAAAGAACAAGAAUGCGAACAUGUCAUGCAGAGGCUCACAAAGGAAAUUGGAAACCAUAACAAGGCUCUAUUACCAUGGUUAUUUGUACAGAAACAGAAAUAUAAUAAAGUGUGCUGCCCCUUGGAAGGAGUAAGGCCUUCGCCGGUUCAGACAGAGUAUAGGAACAAAUGUGAAUUUCUGAUUGGUGCUGGUGCCAACAGUGAAGACAAGACUGUGGGAUUUCGCCUGGGAAAGUACAAAGGAGGAACGUGUGCAGUUGUGGAGCCAUUUGAUACAAUUCACAUUCCCUCUAUCACCAAAAACGUUGUCAAGGCUUUUCAAGAAUAUAUUAGGGCUUCUCCAUAUGAAGUCUACAGCCCAGAGUCAUAUGAAGGCCACUGGAAGCAGCUUACUGUCAGGAGCAGCAGAAAAGAUCAUGUUAUGGCCAUAGUGUAUUUUCAUCCGCAGAAACUGAGCAAGGAAGCUCUGGCAGAGUUAAAGUCUUCUCUGGCAACAUUUUUCACUGAUGGCCCAAGAAAAGAUAGUGGAAUCACCUCACUUUAUUUUGUGGAGGAAGGUCAAAGAAAAUCUCCAAACCUGGAAGAUUUACAUGUGGAGCAUGUGACUGGAGAUCAUUACAUCUAUGAAGAACUGCUUGGCCUAACCUUUCGCAUUUCACCCCAUGCUUUCUUUCAGGUCAACACUCUUGCAGCAGAAGUUUUGUAUACUGCCAUUGCAGACUGGGCGCAGCUAGAUCAAAACAGUACUGUAUUGGAUGUUUGCUGUGGUACAGGAACUAUUGGAAUUUCCUUAGCAAAGAAAGUAAAGAAGGUUGUGGGAAUUGAGCUGUGUCAGGAAGCCAUUUCAGAUGCCAAAGCUAAUGCCAAGAUCAAUGAUCUGAACAAUAUUGAAUUUCGUUGUGGCAAAGCUGAAGACAUCUUUCCAACCCUCAUUAACUCUUACACUACCCAGAGUCCUGUGGCAAUAGUUGAUCCACCGAGGGCUGGACUUCAUUCCAAAGUAGUUAUUGCAAUCCGAAGAGCUGAACACCUCAAACGUCUGAUCUAUGUCUCCUGCAAUCCAAAAGCUGCCUUGAACAACUUUGUAGAUCUGUGUCGUGCUCCUUCAAAUCGUGUAAAAGGUCAUCCAUUCAGGCCUAUCAGAGCUAUGGCUGUGGACCUUUUUCCUCAAACCCCACAUUGUGAACUUCUUGUUCUAUUUGAGAGAGUGGAAUAUACCAAAAAUGACAUAACUUCUGCCCCAGAAACCAAGCAAGAACAUAGAGACGGUCAGCAAGAUGGCAAUGGAGAAAAAAAAUGCAAUGCUGAUGCAGAAGUAAUAAAUGCCUAGGUCUGUGCAUACCAUUCAUCUAUAUGUCAUAUCAAGUGUUUUAAUAUGAAACUUAGACUGCCCUAUUAAAGUCAGUAUCACAAAAUAUAAUGUAUCAUUUGCUAAGUAAAACUUGCUUUUAGUUUUUGAGUUUUUUAAUAGUACAUUGAUUGAAGACAAUGCAGAAUAUUUACUUUAAACUUAGCUCCGCACAAAAGUAUGUUUAAUUCUGUAGUCAAAUGUCAGAAUCCCAGCAUUGGUGCACAGAGUAUACACAACUGUAAUUGUAUACUAGGAUGUCUGCCAUUCUAUUGUAUUGGAGCUAAAAAUGCAAUUUAAACAUAUGUAAUGUCGCCAACAAAUAUUACAUAUAUAUCACUAUUUUGUUAUAUUAAUAUGAACAUUAAAUCUUGCUUACUAUAUAGUUAAUAUUAUUAGAUUAUUUUUAUAUUGUCAUUUCAUUAAAAAAAUUUACAUUUCUUUUCCCAAAAUAAAACCUGUAUAUAUGUUUGCAUUCAAAAUUGGUACUAGAG